GUUUAUACUCUGACAUUGUUGGUAAAACGACUGUAAAGCUCUAAGCUGAAAUUUAAGGUGCUCAUAUUUAGCGUUUUAGUCAGCUGUCACUGUGCUGGUUAUUCAUUUUGACCCACAUUUUAUGCCGGGGCAGUUACAUGUCAACACGGAGGCCUCGUACUAGCUCUCAACACAAACUGAACUGGUCGUGAAAACAUGGACAGUGGCCUGAGUCCGCAGGAUAAAAAAGACCUGGACAAGUUUAUAAAGUUUUUUGCCUUGAAGACUGUCCAGGUGAUCGUCCAGGCUCGUCUCGGAGAGAAGAUCUGCACUCGCUCGUCUUCGUCCCCUACGGGCUCUGAUUGGUUUAAUUUGGCCAUCAAAGACAUCCCUGAGGUGACUCAUGAAGCCAAAAAGGCGCUGGCCGGCCAGCUCCCUGGCAUCGGACGCUCCAUGUGUGUUGAGAUCUCCCUGAAGACAUCAGAGGGAGACUCGAUGGAGUUGGAGACUUGGUGCCUGGAGAUGAAUGAAAAGUGUGAUAAGGACAUCAAGGUGUCGUACACGGUCUACAACCGACUGUCCGUCCUCCUGAAGUCUCUGCUCGCUAUCACCAGAGUAACACCGGCCUACAAACUUUCCAGAAAGCAGGGGCACGACUACGUCAUUCUAUACAGGAUCUACUUUGGUGAAGUUCAGCUUGGUGGGCUCGGGGAAGGUUUUCAGACGGUGCGUGUUGGUGUCGUUGGCACCCCGGUGGGAACAGUCACACUCUCCUGUGCUUACCGCACCAACCUGGCCUUCAUGUCAAACAGACAGUUUGAGCGGUCAGCCCCCAUCAUGGGGAUCAUCGUGGAUCACUUUGUGGAUCCUCCUUGCAGCAGCCAGCGGCCUGCAAACAUGGGACAGCCCUGCAACUACAGAGCUCCAGAUGAGGACGACGGAGGACCAUUUGCAGGCGUUCAGGACUCCCAGGAAGUCUGCACCACCUCGUUCUCCACCUCCCCCCCCUCUCAGUGCGUGUGCACACUGAGCCCUUCGCCCUCUAAACUCUCUAAGCCCCUCCCCCAGGACAGUCUGCAGAUCCCAUUGGCUCCUGGACUUGUCACUCACACUCUGUAUACUUCCAGGUUAUCAUACCAGCCUUCAGCUCUAGGGGGAGCUGCUGAGCUCUGCCACCCCGGAGCCAACCCCAACCAGGCGUUGCAUCCUGGGAAAGAGGGCGGGGUUGUGUUGGUUCCUAAUCAGCCUCCUCAUGGAGCCGACGCCCAUCUGACAGUAGAGCACGCCCCCAACACACCUGGCAGCAGCGGCGAUGAUGACGGUCUGUCGAAUAGCGGGGAGGGACGGAGAGACGAAGGACGCCGGAGUGUUUCUCCCUCUGACCCGGUGGAGUCUCUGAACGCCUUCACGAGGAAAGUCGGAGCAUUUGUUAACAAACCCAGCACACAGAUAACAGCAGCGAGUCUGGAUCUUCCAUUUGCUGCGUUCGCUCCUCGAGGACUUGACUCAGAGGAGAACGAUCCCAUGGUGCAUCCUCCGGACUCCCCGCCCUGCCCCUCCCCCCUGCAGGCCAGUCUUCACUCUCAGGGCUCAGAAGGAUCAGGGCAGCAGGACGACUUCGUCAUGAUCGACUUUCGUCCAGCCUUCUCUAAAGACGACUUGCUGCCGAUGGAUUUAGGAACGUUUUACCGCGAGUUCCAGAACCCUCCUCAGCUGGCGAGCCUGUCCCUCCACAUCAGCUCGCAAUCCAUGGCCGACGACCUGGAUUCUCUGCCAGAGAAACUGGCCGUCUACGAGAAGAACAUGGACGAGUUUGACGCCUUCGUGGACAUGCUGCAGUAGAGGAGAAACCAUCGAUGUGUGAGGGAGGAAACACAAAAUAAGAAUGAAAGGGAGAAUAAGACUGUCAUUGUUUGUCCUGUGAGAAUCACUAAUUUCUGACAUUCUCUCCUGGCACGUUCACCAUGCUGACCCGCCUGUACAGAUUGUCACUGUAAAUAUCGAUUAUUAUGUGGAGGACAGGCACUAGAAAACCACAGUUCAUCCGUGUUUAGCCAGAAAAAUCAAACAUUAGUUAACUGUAGCUCGUCCCUACUGAAUAUGUGAAGUUCUCUCUUCAUCAUGGCCUUUCCGACUUGAGAAAUCAAAAAAUCUUCCUUCCUGGGCGUCUUCUUUUCUUUAAAGCUGGUCUUUGCAAAAAAAAACUCAGCCUUACAGUGCAGAUCUAGCCCUUUGCAUACUAGUGAUAGAUUAGAAAUACAGUUCUGCAUCCACAAAUAGAGGGUUCACUGCCUUGCUCGGAGGAAACUGACUCAUUUACCCACGCAGGUGUUUCCCAGCUGGUCUGGGGAUUAAAAUUGCCAACAAGAAGGCCCUAAAUGGAUAUAAAGUGAAUAAAAAGCUUUCCGUGUGUGUACAGAGAACAUAUUUCCAUGCUUAAAUACAGCCAGAAGCUAGUCUUUUGUAAUAAAUGCAACAGCCCUGCAAAGAUGCAUUAAAAUAAUUCAAGGUAAGAUUUUCUGCAGGCCUGUUGCAUUAAAUUUGUAGUUUUAGCCAACUAGAAGACUGGCGAGUGUGUUCAGUGUACGACAUGCUGGUGUGUAUUUCUGGGGUUAGCAGAAGGAGCCGCGUCAUCGUCCACGACUGUUUGGUUGAGAGCUUUAAUUUACUUGUUUCUUUGCUGUUGUUGGUCUAAAUGUCCUGAUAAAUAAAGCAUGGCUGCUCCGUUCGAA